UUUUCAUACCACGUGGCCCUAUAGUAACCAGAAAUAGACCAACGAUCUUUACCAUCUAGAUAAACAUGAAACCAUGGCUAGAUCAAAGAGAGUCAAGGAAACUACUUUAACAGCAUCCAAGACGACUCCUAAAGAAACCUCAUGGACAUUUAUUUCAGUACAACUGUUUCUAAUCAGCUUGUUAGUUGUAGUUCUCUCCUAUUACCUCCUGAGAUCAACCACACCGCAACAAGAACAACCAACCUUCAACCAUACUACACCAGUUCCAGUGAAGAUAUUAACUACUCCAAGUUCCAAGUUUGCCCAAUCUUGUGCAGAAGCAGGUGUGCCUGUGAUCUUUAAGAACUCAAUCUCAACACAAUGGAAAGCAAUGCAAUGGACUCCCGAUUACUUGGAGAAGAAGAUCAACAUUAUUACUGGUGUCUACGAAAACACCAAUCGAUGGUUCGGUCCAUAUUUUGACAAGCAGAAACCAUUAUUGAGCUAUGCCGAAAGAGUCAACAAGUACAAGACGAAUCUAAAGCUAUCAUCGAAAGAGUUCUUUAAACGUAUACAGACUUACAACUCAGAAAAAUAUCUUUAUUUUACUGGUGAUAUUGAUCAGCUGGGAGACUGGGCUAUUGACGAGAUACAGCCUUUUGAAGAGCUACUCACUCUAAAUCCCAGCCACUCCUCCAUCAACGCUUGGAUUGGCCAACCUCACGUCAUAGCUCACUGUCAUUACGAUGGCUACCACAAUUUCUACGCUCAGCUUUAUGGUAAGAAACGUUUCUUACUUCUGCGACCAACCAACUGGCCUGGAUUGUACCCCUACCCAUUCCUACAUCCGAGCCACGCACAAGCACAAGUGAAUGCAAGCAGUGAGAGUGAUAGAAGACACUUCCAACUUGUGAGCCAAGUGGAGGCAUAUGAAGCGAUUCUUGAACCAGGAGAUUUACUGUAUGUCCCUCCUCUGUGGUUUCAUGAGGUGGAGUCUCUCAAAGUGAGCAUUUCAGUGAAUGUAUGGACAGACUCUAGUCAAACCCAGACAGCCGAACGGUUGUUUCAACUACCCUUACCUAUUCACUCCAAGCAAUGGACUUCUGAAAGAGCUAAAGUGAUUGCGACAUCGUUUCUGCUAUUUCAGACAUUACAGAAGAUUUGUACCCGCCGACUCUGUGCACGUUCCGUGACUGAUAAAUUCAAAGAUGGCUUUCAAGACGAAGGUAAUCCUCUUUCAGACACAAGAGCUGUUUAUUUCGUCCACCGACUUUGGUCCACAAGAUAUCGAACACUCAUGGACAGAGAAAAACUGCCGAAUACACUCCCUGGAAACAUCCUUUGUGAAGUGAGCUCUAUUGGUGAAGAAGUGGAUGAAGCAAAGAUGGCUGCUCAUAGUAGCGAGUUUGGAGAUUAUGCAAAGAUUGUUGGAGAGUUAGUACAAGAGUUGCCAGGGGACACGUGGGAACUAUGGGUGGGUAACUAUGUAGAGUUUGUGGUUGCCAAUGCUGUACCUGAAGUUGAGCUUGUUGGUGUGUUUCUUAAACAAUUUAGUACAUGUUUAAUGGGAUUUAAUAAAUCUGAAAGCAUGGAUAUGAAAGUGGAGCAACUGUCUGUGUAUGAAUGGCUGAGGCAAGGCAACGACCUGCACUUCAUUGAGGGGAUAGGUCUGUCUCUAUUGGUCCUGGGAGCUGUAGUGGGUGGCAUCAGUCUCUUCAACAUCAGGAUGCCUUAUGGACGUUACACCUCUGAUACCUCACGUCUCUUUCACAUUAUUGGUCUCACCAGCUGUAAGAUCCCCGCUAAGCUGGCCUGGUUUCUGCAAGAGUUGCCAUCGUUCGUUUUGCCUCUUUUCUGUGUGCUCAACAUUGGUGGCAAGCAGGUCGGCGAGUUCAACCCAAGCAUUGUCCUCUUGGGAAUGUUCAUCAUUCACUAUUUUAACAGAGUGUUCCUGUAUGCUCUGACGAUCAAGGGAACGCCCACGCCCAUCUCCUCUAUAGCUGCGGCUAUCCUGUACACAACCUUCAAUGGCUACAUGCAGGGACGUUACUUCACUCACUACCUCUCCUACGAGACUUCCUGGUUCAUUGACCCUCGGUUCCUCGUAGGUCAUGUGAUGUUCCUUGUUGGUAUGGCAAUCAAUGUCCACUCGGACUAUGUCCUGCGUAACCUCCGUAGACCUGGAGAGACUGGCUACAAGAUACCGUAUGGUGGAGUGUUUGAAUUUGUGUCUGGUGCCAACUAUUUUGGGGAGACACUUGAGUGGAGUGGAUAUGCACUGGCCAGUUGGAGUUGGCCUGGGUUCGUGAUGGCUGCCUUCACUGCCAUGUUCCUGGGCAGCAGGGCUAUGCAGCAUCACUGGUGGUACCAGAAGAAGUUUGAUGACUACCCGAAGAACAGAAAGGCUUUCAUUCCGUUUCUGUUGUAGACCAAAUUAAUGAACAUUUGAUUGCUAUGGUUUAACUAUAUAUAUGUAGGUGUGUGUUUUGACUUCGAUAAUAU